UUUAAGGUUGUCCCUGCAUUGCGUGAGUGGUGUGAAGAAAGGCUGAUCCAUUUGAUUGAGUGUGACCUUCGAUGGGGAGUUCCUAAAGAUUCCACAACCGAAGCGACCAUCAGAACAUGCCUAGGUGAAAUCAAUCACUGUUCAGAGGAGACAGAUGGAGAACCCUUUUUCUUGAACAUGCUGGGUGAAAGGUAACUAACUGAUUUAUUUUUUUGUGUGUGUGUGUGCUGUAGGAGCUACCCAUUCUUCCCCUCUCGUAAUUCUGAAGGUGUAAGGGUGCGGUCUGAAUUGGGUGCAGGGGUGUGGGUGUAGUCUACCUGUUAACAUUUGCUAAUGUGAAUGCCUUUUGUGGAGCAACUUAUAUUAAAGUGAGGGGAUUGCCCCUGUAACCCCGUAAAUGCAAUAUCUAGGGGGAAAAGAGGCAAAGAGACAAAUUGGGAGAUGUAAAAGUUAGGAGCUGGGUCUUUAUUUUCCUCCCUCUCCUAUUUGCUAUUGUAUUGCCAAGCAAUGUACCUGCUACUGUUUGUUUCUUUCCCACACUCUGAAUGGCAUGAUGCAUGGAACAGUGUGUAGCCCAAGGGAAUUUCAAUGGCACUUCAGAGGAAAGGAGUUUUUAAAGAUAAAUCAUUUUGAGGGAAGUGUGACGCUGAACAAACAAUUGUUGUUUGAAGUUUGCUUUUUUAUGUAUUAGAUAUGGGUGGAUCCCAACCUCAUCUGAAAUAUCACAGGAGAUUCAAGAAGAAUACCAAUGGAUAUUUCCUGUUUCAAUAACCCAUAUGGAGAUCAUCCAUGCAGCAUAUAGAAUGCACAAUCAAAAUGCUGCAUUUCUUAUAAGAAGUGCUGACUUUAUAAAAGACCUACCUCCAGAGAUGACUAGAGCAUUUGUGGAUACUCAUUCUCUGAACAAAGCACAGAUGAAGGUAAGUUUAAUAAUGCUAUUUCCACUAUGGCGCCACUUUAUUACGAUGACCAGAAUCCUUUUCGUUCUUCCUUUCAUAUUUAAAUUUGGUAAUCCUAGUGAGGUUUAAAUGGCAAAGGCCCUAAUUUGCACAAAGAGGCAAAACCCUGAAGGAUUUUGGUCGUAGUAGUGUACUGAAGUCAUUGUGAAAAUUGCCUAUUUUGACAUUUCAGUCAUAAACAGUAAGUUCUCAAUACUUACAUAUAUGCUAAGAACUGGCAUACUAUUUUCCAAGGCACUGAAGGAUAAAUUGAGACAGAAAUUUCCCGGACAAGUUUUUGAUUACUCCUGUCAAUACGACGGAAUUGACGAAUCAACCGGAAGGCCAAAGGUAAUAUUUGUAUGGUAUUAAACUUCCAAUAUCAGUUAAUGUUUGUGUAUUGAUUUAUCUUACAAAUACAUUAGGCGUAAUGUGAUCUUUUCCUGCUGCAGUCUGUCACUUUUUUACAAUAUAAAUUAAAAUAAAUUAAGUGUUCCGUUGACCAAAGACGCCAAAUAGAGCAAAUACGAAGUUAGAAUCGUAUUUUAAUUACACGUACAAUUUGAUCUAGAAUAUAGAUGUUGUUUUAACGUAGAAAAUGAACAGAAAGUAACCUAAUACAGCAACAAAAUCGACUUUACACUUUCUUCUAUGACUGCCUCCGUAUUUAGACAAGAUAGUUCACAUUUACGCAUGCAGUCUCGUUUUCCGGUUAACAAGUUCUGUUUAUCUGGUUAGCACCAUCUGGUUAUCAAUAAACGGGUUAGCAACUGAUCUGAUCAGCUUAAAAAAGAGUUUUGAAGGUUGUUGUUACACGGGACGAUUCGCAACAACGAUUUUUAGCGCAACAUAUUGUUGCAACAUUGUUGCGACAUUGAUUCAAAUGGUUGCGGACAUUUUGCCAACAUUGCAAUGUUGUGUUGCGCAAAAAUCGUCGUUGCGAAUCGUCCCGUGUAACAUCACCCAACUGAACUUAACGCUCGCUACACGUAAAUUGCCGGCUCGCGUAAAUACAAAGUACACGAACGUUUUAAAUUUGAACUAGGCGCGAGCAACGUAACUAAAACAGCGCGCGCGUGGCGCACUUGAAAGGACUGUUCGUCAGAACAUUACGUUUAUGUGACAGGAGUAAUGAAUGUCUUCUCUUUUAUAUGUACACUAUAUACAACUUUGUUGCAGGCGAUGUGUUUAUCAUAAACCCUCAGCAAGAGUUUUAUUUUGUAAAUCAAACCCUUGUGUUGAGAGCUCAUCAUAACCACAUUGCAUUUCGUAGAAUAGCACCAAAUUAUUUCUUGUUUUUGGAUUUCGAGUUUAGGUGAAGCUGAAAGAGCUGGAGAAUUUUAGUGAUUCUGUGCUGGAAUUUUUUAAAUCGGCUAUAAGUAGAUCAGUUCCUGAGGUGAAACAACAGCUGUCAGCAGAAGAGAUGGGUAAGUAAGGCAAAGUCUCAGGUAUUAGUUAACUUUCAUUUCUCGAAGAAGCUUCAAGUGAAUGUUUUAAGGACACUUGUUAAAAAAUGGCUCCAAAUUAUGCACCAGUCAAAAGAACAAGAGAGUUCCACCUUUAAAAUACCACACCCUCGAGACCAAGGUAGUAUCUUUUCAAAGCACUUCACCUCAAGAGGGGCAACUGUUUAAGUCAUCCAGACAGGUUUUCUCGUAUUUAUGCUCCAGAACUUAUUCUUUAGCAACCUUCCCUCCACUUACUAGGUUAAGGAUUUGGUUGUAUUCUGCUCUGACUUUUUCAAUUGUCUUUUAUUUUGUUUGCACAGAGCUUUCAAUGCAUAACCACUUCAUUGAGCUACGAGGUCAGCUUGUCUUGGGACGAGAUGCAGAGGUUUCCACGAUCAUGGAAUAUGUUCAAAAUGGCACCCUUUCCGAUGGGGCCGAUACAGAGGGCCUUCCUCCACUGAUGGUCCUAGGGCCCGCAGGGUCUGGAAAGUCCGCGUUGAUGUCUCAUUGCACUUUGCAGAUGAAAAAGGUUUGUAGGCAUUUCGAUAAUCAGGAGUGGUAGGAUAGAGUAAUUUUAGUUUCUUCCCCUGUAAGCGAAACCAAAAAAAAAUAGAGCGUACCGAUAAAUCAUUGUCUAUCGGCAAGAAAUCAACUUGAGGGUACUAAGGACAUGUUUGCUUCUAAUACAUGCGCAUUUCUAUUAACCUUGUUUAGCCCGUCUCUCUCUAACCAAAAAGAGUUUCACACAGUUUUAUAGUGUGACCUCGACAACGGUGUUACUCGUAAAUUUUAAAUAUAAUCGGAGCAGACCAUGGGUUUUUAAACCUUGCGCGUGUAUAUGUUAGCAAGCGCCUUAAGUUUCAGUUAACUAUUUGCAUUCAAGAGCAAUCUUUAUUCAUUCAGAAUAAUUCUCCGCUUCUGAUUGGCUCCAUUCCUCCGGCUAAUACUUCAUAACCAACCAGGGCUUACCAUAUUUGGAAGAUGCGAGCAAUAUGCCAUCGAUUCGAUGAUAUAUUUGAUUAGAAACGAGGUUCGUUGAUGGUAUACUUGAUAUGAAAGGAGGCUGCUUGGGCAAUAGCGAGCAACAACUUUCCUCAUAAAGAUGCCAUUUGUCAUCCCUAAAGAAGGCAGCAUCAACGAAAUGUGCACCACCCAAUCGGAGAAUAUACAAACCUGUACCAUCCUUUACAGUCCAUUUGUUCAACCACACCUAAACUUGAUUAAUGUGAACCUCCCUAUAGACUGUAGAUACAAUUAUUACAAAGGCCAGUAACUGUUUUUAGCAAGUAACAAUUAGAGCCCAUACUAAUGUAUGGGUAGACAAAAAUACAAAAUGUGGGACUAUUUACAUCAUUGCCGUACUGACAUUGUAUUGGAUAAAACUAUUACAAGUAAGGAUGACGUGGGGGCGCCUUGUGGUAAAAGCGCGCUUAUUCCUUAAAUUGACUUAUUAUUCACGGAAGACACAAAGCUAUACCGCUUGUGCGAAGGAUUAAACAGAAGGGAAUUAAAAAGCUUGUCGCUUAGAGCUUGGGAAAGACAAUAAAUAAUUGUAAUGGGACUGAGUGGAGUCCAAUUCGGACUGUAAUCAUACGAGGAAUGAACAAAAUCGGGCGACCGCGUUGCACGAGUCCAAUUUGUUUAAUCAUGCACGAGUAUGAUUACAGACCGAAUUGGACGACACGAAGUUCUCUUACUUAUUAAUCAUAACUAUAACAAAAUUUAUUAUAUAAUAGGCUUUUAUAAUUUAAAAAAAAACAAGAAUGAUUCGGAGAGUGUUUUUGCUAGCAGUGAAAAAAGGCCAUUUAAAAUCGCGCGUGCGAUUGCGCGUACUAUCCAAUUACAGGCCUGAUUGUACUAUUACACAGUCCUACUAAGGCUGAAAUCAGGAAAGUUGAUAGCCAGUCAGAUUUGAGAAUUUGUUAUAGUUAUGAUUACAUGUAAAAAUUUCUCGAGAGCUUAUGACGCCACUUGCUUCCAUAAAGGGCACAUACGUAUUAGUCCACAUAUAAUAGAUUAGGCAUUGUAUGACUAAUAGAGUUUUUCGUAGGUAUUAUAGUGGAGCUAAAUGGUAAACGUGUCGCCCUAUUAGAUAGGAUUUACCAUUAUGCCAAACUAAAACAAAAGAACAAAAUAAUGCGUUGACUGAUUGUUAAUUAAUUUAUCACCAGCUUGGAUUGCCACUGUUCUACCAUUUUGUUGGCGCUGGUCCUGGAUCAAUGGUUCCUCACAAACUUUUCGAGAAGCUUGUGCGGUGGCUUAAAGGCUUCGAUCCAGCAGGUUUGAUUCUUUACUACUUGUUGUGUUUUAAUGUUUAAACGUUUUUCGCUGUGGGAAAUGCUGGAAGCUCAUUGGCUGAAACUAAGCAUGGAUAGAGCGCCGUGUAACUAACGUAACAAUGGGGGGCUUAAGAGAGUGCGCGCUAACGUAAGAAUCAAACACGAAAUAUAAAGCGCCUUAUUCACUAACUAAACAAUCAAACACUAAACAAAAUGCGCUCGACCCAGUAACGUGGCAGUCAAACACAAAACAGAGUUUGCGCUAAUCGCUAACGUAGUAAUCAAACACAAAAUAUAGGCGCUAGUCAUACAGAAAAGAAGGAACGCGCUAGUCACAAAACUGUGCAUGCUAGUCGCUAGCAUAACAAUUAAACAGAGAGCUCGAUAGUCAAAGAAUCAAAUAAGAACCAAAUUGCGCGCGAGUCAUUAGUGUAACAAUCAAAUAACAGUGUGCCCACAAGUCAUUAACCAGAACGCGAAAUAGAGAGUGCGCAAGUGACCACCGUAACAAUGAAAAAAUGAGCGCAAGUUACUGACGUAAAAAUAAGACACAAAAAAGAGUGCGCGUUUUCGCAAACGUAAUAAUCAGACACCCAACAAAGUGCAUGCUAUUCAACUCAACAUUGAAGCAUUGUUCCUACGUCCAGUCGAUGAGUUCUAAUGCUACUCAGCACACAUGUAAUGUACGAAUGUAAUUGCAGCACACAAGAGCUUCGUAGACUUAAGUCAAGGGAGAGUGGCUUAUUUUUAUAGCACAAUUUAAUGUUAAACUCUUUUCAAGUUCAUAGAACAUACUGGAGAAAGUCGGUAGACUUUAUAAAGAACAAGAAAUGGGCACACUGUAGCAUGCAACCGGAAUUAACUUUGUUUUGUCGAAAACAGGACCUGCACAGGAGGAGAGGCCGGGGGGCGGGGGUUGCCCCGCCUUUCUUUUAAGAAAAAGUGUUUCUUAAAGUUUUUUUCUGUAAUAGGUGUUUUUAAUACAAGAGUAAGGAUCUAGUAUUCUCUUCUCUUCACACGUGAACAAACGUGUAGAGUCAUGGUUAUAGGUGUAAUAACACGACAAAACUUCACGUAAAACAAGCAUAAAACGAACAGAUGUUUAAUGUAUUCGAACCAGAAGUACAAGCGACGUGCAUAUUGAAAUGUAAGAAAGAACAACUUACAUGAAAACCUUGAAACCAAAAUAAGUGAAUAAACACAUUUUAAAUGAAAUUCAGUUCUUUAGAAAGAGUCCUUAAACUUAUAUGCCUAAGUAAGCACAUGGUCCUGUAGACGUUUGGGCAGCUGGCGUAUGCGUGUAGAUUAUCUCGGUGUUUGCACAGGACUGGGCGAUUUAGGUGUGUCCGGCACCGGAGGCAGCUGAUCGCGCGGAUGGUCACAUGUUUCCACGCGUGUAUCUGGAGGUGUCUCUCCGCGUGUCUCCUCGCGUGCCUCUGUGGAGCUGCUCGGGCGUCUCUACGACGUCGAGAUCAUCUUCAACUUUGGGAGGCGUUUCAUUGGACUUACGUAGGUAAACACGAUUUCGUCAGCUCAACCUCGUAAGCUCUUUUUUUCAAUGCGACUUUCGACGACACCUUUAUGUCACUCUUUUCUUCCAGCGCGCCAGGACUCAACUCGCACAGUGUUUCCCGGCUGUAAGGACUGCAGGUCACGUGCGCCUCUGUUGUAGUACCGGGCUUGUUGCUGUUGGCGGCGACGAAGCUUGAUAUGGGUUACAUCCUCAUCUGUUACAGAUGGCUUCAAUAAUCCAGCUGUUAUCGGCAAGAGACUUCUUGUCCUUCUGCUAAAUAACCGCUGUGCUGGGCUGAUUUACGUACUCGCAGGCGGCGUGCUCCUGUGGUCCAGUAAGGCAAGAAACGUGUCUAAACCAGUCUUGCUGCACUUCAACAUAAUUUUCUUUGCUUGUUUCACCGCAUCCUUGGCCUUUCCAUUCGACUGACUAUGAUGUGGACUGCUGGUUCUGCGCUCAAAAUCCCACUCUUUAGAGAAUUUCAGGAAAUCGCGCGAAACGAACCGUGGCCCGAUUUCAGUAACGAGUGCUCGGGAAUACCAUGUCUCGCGAAAUGACCUUUUAGCUUUUUGAUGACGUAGACCGAGGAUGUACUCCUGAGAUGGUCGAACUCAAAGAAAUCGCUAAAAUAGUCCACAGUCACCAGGUAACUCUUUCCAUUUAACUCAAAUAGGUCUGCUGCAACGAACUGCCACGGCCGACUAGUUGUUUCGUGACUGAUGAGGGUUUCCUUUCUUUACCCUGUUCGUACUCUCUGCGGGCUUCACAUGUUGACACGUAGUUCUUGAUCUCGCCUGUCAUCUCGGGCCAAUAAAAACAUUCACGCGCUCUGUUAAUUCAACCAUUAACGCGAAGGUGCGAAGUGUGAAUACUUUUUAGAAGACCACUUCUAGCAGCCUUGGGUUACCACUACCCUUUCCUGAAAACGGGCGGUUCAUCUCUUACAUCAAAAGAAGGAGAGGCUGGAAGCGGCAAGGUACUCUUGUCUUCAGGCCAGCCAUGCUGAUUCACUGUCUUUAGAACCUGAAGCAGCGCAUCUUGUUCUGUCUCUCGCUGAAUUUGCUGUAGACUGGCUUCAGAUAUUGGCAAAUAAUUCAUCGUGUUGAUCGUUUCAAACUCUGACUCAAUCACUGCGCACCCGAGGUAAGAUAAGCUGUAAAAAGCGUGCCCGCUAAGAACAUUCUGCUUCCCCUCUCGUACUGGACCACCAAAUCGUACUUUUGCAAACGGAUCAACAUUCCUUGCAACCUCUUAGGAGCGCGAUGAAGUGGUUUGGUGAAGAUUGACUUUAAGUGGCUUGUAAUCAGUAUGGACAACAGUUCUUCUACGGAACGUAAAGUCAUUAAACGUUUUAACUGAAAACACGAUUGCCAACAUCUCCUAUUCAAUCUACGCAAAGCGAGAUUCCUUCUCCGUUAAGGCUUGACUAGCGUAGGCGAUUGGGUGCCCAUUCCGCCUUAAAGCUGCGCCAAAACCACUCUGGCUGCUGUCACACUGGAUUUCAAGCACUUCAGUGGGUUUGUAGUAGGCUAGAACGGGUGUUGAUACAGUUAGUUCCUUGACACCAUGCCAAGCCUCCUCUUACAGGUCAUUUCAACACCAUGCUGCAUCUUUAUGGGUAAGACCUCGUAUAGGUUUCAUUACAUCGGACAAGUGAAGUAGAAAACGGCUAAGAUAGUUGACCAUUCCAUUCAGGCGUAAAAUAUCAUCUCCUUCCUUUGGGCGUGGCAUCUCGACCAUUGCUCUUACUUUCUCUGGAUCUGGCUUGAGACCCUCUGUGGUUAACAGGUGCCCAUGAAAUGGAACCUCUUUACGCCUGUACUCUAACUUCUCGGCGUUGAGCUUGAUAGCUUUCUGCUGACAUAUAAGCAUGAAUCCCUCCAAAUUGCUGUCCUGAUCAGCCUCACACGUUCCAUGGAUGAGAACAUCAUCUGCAAUACAUUUUACAUCAGGGAGACAUUGUACUUCUUGGUGGAGACGUUUCUGAAAUAAUCACUAAGGUUGCAAUUAGACACCAAACAAAAUGGAUGCUUGUCAUCUACGAAGCAAGCAAACACAAAAAAGAAAGUUGCCCCACUCAUUAACGUGGCAAAACAUGUGCCUUAGUCAAUGAUGGACUAUCAAACCUAAGCUGAGAGCAAGUUGCUAACGUAACAAUCAAACAACAAACAGAGUGCGGGCUUCUCACUAACGAGGCAGUUAAUCAGAAGCUAUAGUGUGCGCGCGCAAGUCAGUAAUGUGACAAUCAAACCUAAAGACAGCGAGUUAGUUUCUAACGUAACAAACACAAACGAGAGAGGGCACUGUACAUACUCUAUUUGGUAACGAUACAAUCCAAUACAUUCUAGACUAAGAACAAAAAAAAAACAACGACAAAAAACCAGAGGCUAACGUGACAAAGAAACGUAAGCUAGAGUGCGCGCGCUAGUCAAUACUAAUGUGUCAAUCAAACCUAAACAGAACGAGCUAGUUACUAACGUAACAAUCAAACACAAAACAGCCGAGAGUGCGCGCUUGUUACUAACGGGCAGUUAAACACAAUAUUGUAUGCGCUAGUCAUUAACGUAAUAAUUAAUAAUGGUAAUAGGACUUACGAAAUGCUAGUGAACACGGAUUACGAUUACGUGGAAUUUAGAUAGAAGAGGCUGCUUGUUCUUUCUUGAAAAAGCGGGAAAAGAAGUCUUUAGGCUCCGAUGUUACUUGAUGAAUGUUGAACGGGAAACGUGGAAAUGAAAAAACCGGACCAAAACAGAGAGUUAGUGAGGAAGUUACUGAGGGGCUUAGUUUUAAGUUAGAGUUUGCUCCCGUCUUUUAUUUUCCCGUUCUUCGUUCCACGUUCUUUUAAGUAAUAUCCCUAUAAACUCUGUUGUGCAUUAUUCGUUCUUUUGUUUCCUAAUUUUUUUUAUUUUGCUAUUACAGUGCAACCCGACAAUCUUGCGGCUGGUCAAGAUAUGAGCACUGAUAUGCUCAAAGAAAAGAUGAAGAAAGCUUUGGAUGAACUUGCAGAAAAACAAGAGGUUUUCAUCAUAGUCAUCGAUGCAAUCAAUCAGGUAAUUUGAUGUUUAGAUUUAUUUAUGCGUGUGUCCUACUGAAACAGUAGGAAGAUUAAACAAAGACAGCGCCAACCUCGUUCUCAGGAUUCUCUCCUACCCGUUCCUACGGAGCGAGACGGCUAGGAGAGAGAUCCUAGGGACGAGGUUAAUACAACGCAACGCAAAGAGAGCACUUGAUAGCGCGUUUACUUUGGCUAAAUCUACCAAAGGACCCUAGCAUGUAUUACAGCUGGAGGUUUCAAUGAAAUAUUUACACUGGUGGCCUAGACUGUCUGUAAUCUCUAAAAGAGUGGAUAUUAUGAGAAGAAGGCAAAAAACAGUGCAGGUAACUUUUCUAUUCGAUUCGUACGUUACACUUAUUGUUUGUUUCCUCUAAAGCUAGCGGACGCUGAAGAUGUAAAACACAUGGAUUGGUUGCCAAGUGUGUUUCCACGCAACGUUCGCUGUGUCAUCAGCGCUGUGACAGGCAGUCGCUCUGCAGCCCUGCUAUCGAGUGAACACCGCGCCCCAUCCCCUGUGCCACUUCAUGUAGGAGAGCUCAAUGAGUCAGCCCGUCAAGAAAUCGUCAAACGCACUUUAGGAAAGUACAAUAAGGUAGUAUUGAGAAUCCAUUCGUUAGUUAUAGUCCCUGAAAAGUGACUCUAACGAGAGUAAAACCACAAGUGUUAUGUAAAAUCUAUGGUGUAUUAUUCAUGUCACGGUUACCUUGAAGCGCGACACUGGAUCUAGUAUCUAAGUACUCCUUGCGUGGCUGAAUUAAUUUCUUUCCAAAAACGUCGAGCGGAAAGCUGCGCAUAGGUUCGACGCCCCACGUAGUUUCGCGUCCAAGUGUUCACGAUGUGUGUUCACCUGCAUUCAUGAUCUCAGGUUUAUUAACACUAGUUUAGGCCACGACUGACUAGAACUUCACAUCCGUAAAGAGAUUAAUCGUUGCCCUACAAGCUUUUGCCCAUUUUGUAGUCUGUUUACAGCUCCCUAGCUAUUUUUUUUUCCGGAAGACCUUCGAGAUUUAAUGCCCACUGUAACGCGCAGUCAUCCAGGUCAGGGUUGGAAGCGGUGGGCCGUGCCUCCUCACAACUCCCAUCCCCUCCCCUUAGGCAGAUUUGGUGCUCUUGAAACCAAGAUGGCCGUCCUUUACAGUAAGCGCUAGUCUAGCUGUUUUGAGAUUUUGCUUUUGAAUGGCCCAGUGUUGUGUCGAAUUGCACAAUACGGCUUUUUUGGGUAACGAAUAUUUGACCCUGUUUUCUGCGCAACACAGUAAUGGCCAAUAAAAAAAGGAUAGCUUCCCCCCAAAUGUCCAACAUUGUAAUUCGACACCACGCCAACCCCCCGGGAUUUUCCCAGGGGCAGUUCUGUUGACACGUGUUCCCCCUCCCCAACCUCCGCCACUGCCGAACGUUUUAAUAAUCUUGAAGGUUGGACAGGUUGUGAGAAGUUGUAACUAAUUUCUUUCCUUUUGUUGUUUUCUAGAAACUGGACACAGAACAGAUGAAACUGUUGAUGGCUUCACCGGGAGCUUCUAACCCGCUGUGGUUAUCUUUGGCUUGUGAGGAACUUCGCGUUUUCGGAGUCUUUGAAACGAUCACGCAUCACAUCAAGAGUUUACCAGCCACGAUAAAGGAACUUUUGCAGCUCAUAAUCAACAGACUGAUCAACGAGGAUGAAAAUAACAAUGUUCAAAAGGUGCGUCUUUUUUCUUUCUAAACCCAGCUAAACGAGAAGGGACACAUUUUCAAGUGUGGAAGAUUUCAUGAAUUAAGGUCAUUAACCAGCUGUCGUUUUCGUUUAAUUCCUAAAACAACUUCCAACACUAGUGAUUUUAUGCAACUGCACGGCAGAGGAAGAAGACAGCAAACUGGUUUUGUGUGACAAAAGUUAUGUUUGAACAAAUGUUUCGCCAAACUUCCCUCCAACUGAUCUUUUUGUAAAAGGCGAGAACACAAUAAGUGGAGAUCGCAACAAAACAUACAGGUUAAAGCUCUCUAACCUUUGUCACACACAGACGUUUUGCCGUCCUUUAGGUUCUUUCUGCCGUUUUGGUAACUUUACACGAUCUGAUCAGUCAUGAAAACAAAAAUCGACGUAUAGUUUCUACAUCACAUUUUGUUUUUAUGCCAUAAAAUGUUGUUAUCGUGUCAGCCUUUGUAAAGGCGCUGCUGAAGAGGUUUUACUUGAAUUGGCAUAUCUCGCGUGUAACAGUUUGAUUUUCGCUAGAGCCCUAUGUAAAAAUUCAGUUUUUAAAUUCCUUUUCACUAUAAAUUCUCAAUUUAAUUUAACGAAACUUGCGUCGUGUAAGAAACACCAUGGUUAAGCAAAGUACGGUCAGCUUACAUUCAAACCUCGCUUUACAGACACUAGCUUAAUACAGACACCUCGUUAUUAAGGACAGUUUGCUUUGUCCCUGGGGAAAGAAAGCCCUUAGAUUUUCUCUAAAUUCCAUCCGGCUUAAUACGGACAGCCAGUUAAUACGGACACUUUCUAUACCCCUCUCAGGGUCCUUAUCAACAGGGUUUGGCCGUAGGUCAUCAUAUCUGUACUAUGUGUACUCAUCUGCCUACAUAAUAUUAUUUGUUCUUUUAUCGAGUUCUAUUGUAAAAGAACAGUUUAAUUACUCGUUGUCUUAGAAUGAAUUAUUUUCGAUUUUAUUUCUGAAGAUGUUAGGUUUCCUGGCCUGCAGCAGAGGUGGAUUAAGUGAAACUGAACUUCAAUACCUUCUGAGUGACAAUUUAACAGAACCAGUUCCAAUGAUGAUGUGGGCGGAAGUAAGAAGAACGCUGAAGCCAUUUCUAAGGAACACUGGAAGCUUAGGAGAAGAAGAAAGACUAGAGUUUUUCCACGUUUCCAUACAAGAGGUAAGAGGAUUUCAUUCUAGUUAGAGAACGCCCCUAAAUUGAUACAAGGCUAAGUUUGAUACCUCUUUUCUCAUGCAUAGUGGCAAUUCAUUCAGGUUUCAUUUCAAUUAACUUUUUGGUAUUGGCCAUUUUGAGGUUGUCCGCGAGUCUGGAUAAUCUGUGUUAUGUCAAAUUCCUCACUUCAGAUACUAUAGGGAGAUUGGGUAUAUUAAGCUUUCAGCGCAACGAGGUCUGGGAUCGUUUGGGCGGACAAGCGUUACUUAUAAUUGGUUAAUGGUUGACUUGAAUACCAUCCACCAAUCAUAACUAGUAAAAUCAAACUAGUGGUCUAUUGUCAAUGCUGCGUUCUGAUUGGUUGAGCUACUUCUAGGCUAUAUGUUAUAGCCUACUUGUAACGAAAAGCGCGCGCUUUUUGGCGGCAAAAAAGGAUUAAAGUUUAGCUUUAAGUAGCUAAAUUUUUUUUAUUCUCGAUAUUUUUGACCAACUAGUUGGAUUUCACUAAAACAAUUAUUCCUUUCGGCCUUAUGGCCUCUUAGUCAAUAGCCCAUGAGGCCGAAGGCCGAAUGGGCUAUUGACACAGAGUCUAUUCGGGCUUGAGGAAUAAUUGUUAAGUAACGCUUGUCCACCCAAACGAUCCCAGAGAUCGUUGCACCGAAAGCUUGUACCCAUUCAUGUAUAGUUUCUGGAGUGGGGAAUUGAACUACUAAGGAAAAUGCACAGGAAAAAGGGUUAAAAUUCUUUCCCCAAGACAGUCCCAUAGUGGUGGUUGAGGUGUUGAUGUCGAUGGAGAUGAUGAUGAUGAUGGUGGUGGUGGUGGUGGUGGUGGAGAUAACGAUGGCGACUGCGAUGAUGAUGAUGAUGAUGAUGGUGGUGGUGGUAACUGGUGAUGGUGGUGUUGUUGGCGAGAAAGAUGGCGACUGCGAUGAUGGUAGUAGUGGUGAUGGUGUUGUCGAUAGCGAUGGCGAUUGCGAUGAUGAUGAUGAUGGUGUUGGUGGCAGCUGGUGAUGGUGUUGGUGUUGGCGAUGGCGACGGUGAUGAUGAUGAUGAUGAUGGUGGUUGUGGUGAUGAUGCAGAUGUUGGUGGUGGUGUUGGCGAUAGCGAUGGCGACUGCGAUGGUGAUGAUAAUGAUGAUUAUGAUGAUGAUGAUGGUGGUGGUGGUGGUAGUGGCGAUGGUGAGGGUGUUGACGAUGGCGACGGUGAUGAUGAUGAUGAUGAUGAUGAUGAUGAUGAUGGUGGUGAUGAUGCAGAUGGUGGUGGUGGUGUUGGCGAUAACGAUGGCGACUGCGAUGGUGAUGAUAAUGAUGAUUAUGAUGAUGAUGAUGCUGGUGGUGGUGGUAGUGGCGAUGGUGGGGGUGUUGGCGGUAGCGAUGGCGACUAUGAUGAUGAUGAUGACAAUUUCAUUAUUUAAAUGCAUUUAAGUGCACUUACAUUUGGUUCGCCAAUAGUUCUCUUUUCGUCUUCACAGGUUGUUCAAGAAACCAUUCUCGUUGGUAAUGAGGAGAAAAGGAAAUGUCAUCUAAAACUUGCAGAUUUCUUUGUCGACCACUGCAAAGAUGACGACCGAGUGAUUUUCAUGGCACCUGAACAACUCAAACAAGCUGGUGAAAAGAAAAGACUUCUGGAAUUUUUGAGGAACGCUAACCCCUCCAAGAACCGACCUGGAUUCUGGAAGAACAACUACUAUAAAGUAAGUUGUGUCCUUAAUUUACCUACCACUACCUACCUCAACCAGAAGUGUAAUUUUUUGGCGUUCUUGGACAGUGGUUUUGUCCAAAUUUUCGGGGAACGUUUCUUCAUAAAACUUAAGGCACUUAGCAAUACAAAUUUGGAAGCGUCGUGGAAAAUUAAAAUGGAAAAGGGUCGCUCUCGAUUUCGCGAAAACACGCCAGUUUGUUUAGGCUCCCUACACUCUUUGUUUUAUGAAAAUGUUGUUUUUCCGGCCCAGGCUUUUCUGUCGAUUUUAGGCAGAACGUAUUCUUAAAUUAUACUUAAUUAUAAUUAUAGCUUAUGGUAUUUUCACUUUAGAAUUUACUGGCGUUUUAAUUGCCAGUGUUCUGUGUCUAGAUCUGUCUCCAGCGCCGUUUGGGGAAAAGAAUAAUUUUAUACGGUUAAGUCAAAACAUAUAAUUGUACUGUAUUUACGAACUUUCAACAUACAAACUGAAAUUGGGUCUCUUUCAAACUCUCAGCCGCGGGUUUAUUCUAAAAAUAUUCUUAAAAUUUGACAACCUUCAGCCUUAAUAUUCUUAAAAAAAGGUUCUAAUAGAAAAAAGAGUAUAGAACCACUGUCGCUCACUUGUGCGAAAUCUUCGGCCACAACCACUAGCUAAAGCAAUAUCAUUACUGCUAUAUACCCCCUCAACUAACAGAGCCAGUCAUUGCCACUUAAAUGUCUCUGUUACUAUCUCUAGUACCACUAUGACUACUAAUAGUGUCACCGCUAUGAAUAUAGUAGUAUAUGGAGUAGUAUACUUGAUCUUAAAUAGAUUGCAUUGUCAUGUAUGUAAAGCCACACGUAUGUUGUGACUACCCAAUGAAGACUUUUUUUAUUAUUAUUAUUAUUAUUAUUAUUAUUAUUAUUAUUAUUAUUAUUAUUAUUAUUAUUAUUAUUAUCUCUAUUAUCACAGUCUUUGCUGGUGUUCUUUUUGCGCAUCAGCCGGGCGCAAACCAUGCACCUUUAGCUCUCUCUGAUACUUUCUUGAUGUUUUCUACCAUACCCUUCUUCACUGUACCAAGCGCACCAACAACCACAGGGAUCACUACGGUUUUCAUAUGCCACAUUCUCUGUAUUUCUAGUUCUAGGUCUUUUGUCUUUUUAUUAUUAUUAUUAUUAUUAUUAUUAUUAUUAUUAUUAUUAUUAUUAUUAUAGUAACAGUCGCGUACCGAUACCACUACCAUUACUAUAUCAUGUGCGCUAGCAAUUUCAUAUGCAACACCUCCCUAACCAUCACCAUUGUCAGGAGACUUCAUGGUUGAGCAACGCGAAAUUCGCAAUAUUUAGCACGAUUUAUGUUCGACGCUAGCAUUUAACUUGUAAACGAUUCUUUCGGGUCAAGAGAUCAUAAUACUAUAGUAGGGUUUAUCGUUUUCAUCAAUAAAUCACUUGCGGCCCGCUCUCCUCACUGUCCAAUCGAAAGUGAAAGUGCAGUGAAAACCUGUCUAACUUACACCGGCGGAAAAGGCACCAAUUUAACCCUUUCACUGCCAAAUGUGGCCAAAGGCAAAAUUCGACAAAAAAUCCCAAAAUACAUUUUGUAAAAUUUUGAAAAACAAAAAGCACCAUGUGAAAGUACACUUACAGACAGGGUUUGAUUUCAAUGGCCACUCCAUAGGAUUUCAUCCACAGACUCAAAAGUUAGAGCUACCUCACAAAACCCCAUUAUUCGCUCUGUCAGUGAAAGGGUUAAAAUGAACGCAAUCCAACACUCCCUCGAUGCGGUGUUUAUGCUAUUGAUCAAGUCAGUUGGUGGAAAAUCUGACACGUCCACGCCCUUUUUGCAGGAUCUCCGUUGCAACAAAAUGCUUCAUGUAGGAACCCCGUUCGCCCAUGACGUUAACAUCUGUCAGUUCUGCAGUAUGAGGAGAGGUGCUUUUGGAGGAAUGCCAUUUCCGAAUAAAGAUUCCUGCUUUAUUUGCGGGCGUUUCUCUACGUGGAAGGAUGAUCGCCAUGCGGCCAUGGUAUGCAAUUUUCACAAACCCCCUCCCGGACCGCCAAAGAUGAAAAUGUGUUUUCUGUGCCGAAAACCUGCUUUUCAAAACGCUUGCAAGGUUUACCUUUGUCCGUUUUGUGGAAUUUCGGGUGUGAAAAGGUGUGCAAUGCUUGUUGGAGAAUAA